AUGGGGAAAACGGAUUCAAUAAAUUUUAAACCAACUUAUGAUCAAAUAUUUAUAGAACCUGAAAUUCACUUCAAAGGUAUGGGAAUUAUUGACAUAAUAUGUGAGGAUUUAAACAAGUUAAAUUAUACAACCUUUAUCUUUAAAAUGGAUAAAUUGGAUUUAACGGAUGAGUUUUGCGAAGAAUUUCCUCACAACUUUAUUCCUACACCUGGAUACUGGAUAGAGUGUUCCCGACAAAAGAUAACUUCCGAUACCAUCUGGGAUGAAAGCGAGUCUGAGCACGAUAAUGAGAUACAAGAGGGAGAAGAAGACGAUGAGCUUCACACGGACGGGAUGGAUCAUGACAACGGGAUAUCGGCGUUUCGAAGGAAAGAUCGAAGUUGUAACGAUUUGUACGAGGAUGAUGAAGAUGACACCUCUUCUCCAAAGAAGAAAACCACGAUAGAAGAGCAAUGGGAAAAGAAUCAAGGAUUCGAACUUACUAGCGUGGAGCAAGAGACUUACGAAAAGUAUUUUUAUGGUACUGAACAUUGGAAUUACUUUACAAAUGAUGAGGAUCUAGGUCCAGUAAUUUUAUCUAUUAAACAAGAAACGCUUAACUCCAGGGAUCAAUUUAGAAUACUCGUUAGGGCAAUUAGCUAUACAGUCCACGGUUUAAUUCCAGCCAGUUGCGUAUUUGCAGAUCGAUAUAAUCGAGAGGAAGUAGUCCGAUCUUUAGGCAAGGAAGUCAACAUUAACCCACCCCUUAUUCUCGGACAACUUCCUGAUACACCCGAAGAAUUACUUAAACUGGAUCAGGUAUUUAUUAAAUCCGAACUUAAGGUUGGAGUGAUUUAUGUAAAAGAAGGACAGUACACCGAAGAAGAAAUCCUAGACAAUAAUGACAACUCAUUCCUUUUCGAAGAAUUUCUUCAAAUUAUGGGCGAAAAAGUCCGGUUACGUGGCUUCGAUAGAUACAAAGGGGGUUUGGACACCGUACACGAUUUAACAGGACUUUAUUCGGUAUAUACAAACUGGAGAAACAUUGAGAUAAUGUUUCAUGUUAGUACUUUAUUGCCAUAUGAAAGACACGACCCCCAAAAACUUCAAAGGAAAAGGCACAUUGGCAACGACAUUGUGUGUGUGGUUUUCUUGGAAGCAGAUAAUACUUCAUUCUCUCCAGCUUGUAUAAAAAGCCAUUUUUUACAUACUUUUAUAUUAGUUCGAACAUCCCCUCGGAUUAAGCGGAAACCGACACAUUAUGAGGUAUCUGUGGUGACAAGGGACGAAGUGGGAGCUUAUAAACCUUAUUUGUGGGAACAAAGUGUCUUUGAUAAGGGUCCGAUGUUCAGAGAAUGGUUGCUAACGAAAAUUGUUAAUGGAGAACGAGCCAGUUAUUCAGCUCCUAAAUUUGCUAGAAUGCAGGAGAGAACAAGAUCACAAAUGUUGGAGGAUAUUGUUGCCAAUUUGCAAAAUCAUGCGGAAACUGGACAAAUUCCGAAACCAUAUAGGCGAGGCUCUUGGAGACCAAUUGGACAUAUGAGACCGUCUUCACCUUUACUGGAUAGUGUUCGCGAUCAAUUUGAAGAUUAUGAUCAAAUUGCUAAAGACUUUACGAGAAUGUUUUUGAACAAUGAAUCUAAUACAUUAACAAAUGCACAAUUGUUUGAUGUGACUUUCCUUGUAGGUCAAUCAAAACAAAAGGUGAAAUUGGUGGGAGUUAGAGCAAUAUUAGGGGUUCGGAGUCGAGUCUUUCAGGAAAUGCUUUAUGGUAUUCAAACAGGAUUUGGAUCUCCGCAAGUCCCUGUAGCAGAACUUCUAGCUAGACCUGUUCCUACACUACUCAGUCCUCAACAAGCUCGACCUAAAAGUAGUAACUUCCUUCAGGUUCCAGACAUAGAAUCUCCGCGACCAAAGAGCGUACCUAGCUCUCCCAUGGUAAAACGGGCCUUCACAAGAUUAGGAACGAUUACAGCUGGUUGGGGUAGAUCUAUAAGAAAACACAAUGCUCAGCAGCUUUCUGCUGAGGACAAAAAGAAAUGGGCUAGCAGCCAAGACUGUUCAAAUAAAGACGGUAAAGACAAGGAUGGAAAGGAUAAACCUUCGUUGUCUCAACUGCCCGUUCCAAGGUUGAGCGUGUGUGCGGAUGCUCAGAAAGUGGAUAGAGCGAAACUUGCCCAGACUGAAUUUUCCAUUAUUGAAUUCGAUGCUGAGACGUUUCGAGUUCUUCUGGAUUAUCUUCAUACAGGGUCGUGUCCUCUUACAUGUUCCACCAUUCCCGGUCUUAUUUGUGCAGCUGAGCACUAUGAUUUACCGGAACUUCUGCAAGCAUGUUUUCACCACGCCAAACAGUUUUUAAGAAUAGAAGUUGUGUGUUGUAUGUUGUGUUCGUUAGAGAAUUAUUAUUGGAGGUAUACUUCGGCCUCUGAACUUGUUAAUAUGAUAUUAGCUUUUGUAGAAACGAGAGCUUCUACUUUAUUUCAAACUACCGAAUUUCUCAAUCUAAGCGAAUCGAUGGUGCAGAUGAUUAUGUGCAGGAAUCUGGAAGUAGCUGAAGUCCUGAAAUUCGAAGCUAUGCUGGCAUGGGCAAGGCACAAAAUUCGUACAAAGACUUCUAGUAAACUCGAUGCCAAGUUAGAAUUUAAGUGUAUAAUGGAAAGACUAGCUAGGGAUCUUAAGCUGUAUAGGAUAACUCCACAGGAGCUCAUCAAGGUUGUGUUACCAUCAAAAGCUAUCAAAAAUGAGCGAAUAUUGGAAACCUUAAUGUUCCAAGCCAAUUCUGGCAUGUACAGGAUACAAGAUUCCUAUUUGAAGGAAUGCACACAAAGACUGCAAAAACAAGACUCCCGAUUUUCAGAAAUGGAGUCUUUCGACUACAGCAACUAA